CGACACCAUGACACAGGAAGGGAACUUCUCUCUCACACAGCUUCCCUGUGUCUAAGGUUUAGAUCAUCAAGAACCUCAUCCCACCAAUCCCACCUGGCCUCUUGAGGGAGCUCCCUCAGCCUCCUCCGUCCUAACCCCCGACCUCUAAGGCAGCCGUCAUGAACUGGUCUGCUUUGGAGUCCCUCAUCAGUGGGGUCAACAAGUACUCCACCGGGUUCGGCCGCGUGUGGCUCUCUAUAGUCUUCAUCUUCCGGGUGAUGGUGUUCGUGGUGGCGGCGCAGCGGGUGUGGGGCGACGAGAACAAGGACUUUGUGUGUAACACGGUCCAGCCGGGCUGCGUCAACGUGUGCUACGACCACAUCUUCCCCAUCUCCCACAUCCGCCUGUGGGCCCUGCAGCUCAUCUUCGUCACCUGUCCGUCGCUGAUAGUGGUGGGGCACGUCAACUAUCGUGAGAAGAAGGACAUGCAGUACACCAGCCUACACAAUGGCGCCCAUCUGUAUGCCCACCCCGGGAAGAAACGUGGAGGGCUGUGGUGGACGUAUCUGGUGAGUUUGAUAUUCAAGGCAGGCUUCGAUGCUGGCUUCCUCUACAUCCUCUACUACAUCUACGAAGGCUAUGACAUGCCCCGCCUGUCCAAGUGCUCCCUGAAGCCGUGCCCUAACACGGUGGACUGCUACAUAUCACGUCCCACUGAGAAGAAGAUCUUCACCAUCUUCAUGGUGGUCUCCUCUGCCAUCUGUAUCCUAAUGUGCAUCUGUGAGAUGGUCUACCUCGUCAGCAAACGCAUCCAGAAACUCGUUAAGAAGAAGACCGAGGCAGAGAGGAGGAGGUUCGCCGAGAAUCAUGAGAUGUCACUGCUGGCUGCUCCCAGGUCAGUGUUUCGGUCCAAGGCAUCAAUCAGACUGGAUCCUACGGCUUCAAUUCAAAAUCUCAGUGUCAUCGAGGAGGAGAAGAAAUCAUCGAAAAUAUAGUAGGGUAUUGGUCAUGUUGAAAAACUGUGCAAAGUACUGGAGGGGCCACUGCAAGCAAAUGCAUGAAUCAGACUCCAGGAGGAACUGCUGCUCAACAACCGACAGAUAUCCAUCAAUUCAAGAAUUUUGUAAAUAGUAUUAUGUCUGCAGGAAUGCACACCUUAUGCAUGCAAAUUAACCCCUUAAAAAGGGAAAAGUGAAGGGGUUUAUAAUAGUUUAUGGAGAUUGGUGUGUGAGAGAGCGUGUGUGAGUGUGUGAGAGAGUGUGUGUAUGUGUGUGUUUCUGAGAGAGAGAGAGAGAGAGAGAGAGAGAGAGAGAGACUGUAUACUGUAUUCAAGUGUUUGUGUUUGUAUUGUAGGCCAGUGGUCCAGCAAUUGUUUAAGCGGUUAUGCAUUUGUACUCUGUACAUGACACGAUACAAUAUUGUACACUAAUACUAUACAAUGACCCUAAAUUAUUAAAAUGCACUAUUUAGAGCUAAACCUUUCCCUGAGAAUACACACUGCCCUCUAAUAUGUAAAACAAGACAAAGUGCAGACACUUCCUUUAGGGGUAACGCAAUGGUCGUCAGAAAUCACAUGAACGGUUUUAGUUUUCAGAUGUGCAAUAUAUAGAAUAUGCUUUUUAAUGUGAAAGAGGUACUUUGAGUCUGUUGGCAUUUUGUGUUCUCAAGAAAUCUUAAUUGUCAUCAAAGGUAUGAUACAUGUAUGAACAAACAAUUAAAAAAAUGUCCUGACAAAAUUGGUUACUCUUUGAAAGUGAAAGAAGAAGAAUAGAAUAUACCCCAGGUCAUUUUUUAUUUAUUUAUUGUUGUGCUCAAUAAAGUUGUUUCACUUUUAAAAUA